AUGGCCGAACAUUCCACCCAUAUUCGACACAUACUCCUUUACGAGUUCGAAUUUGGCCACCCCGCUGCUGAAGCCCAUCGAAACUUAAGUCAAGUAUUCGGCCCUGAAGCCUCUUCUGAGCGAUCUGUGCGCGCCUGCUUCCAGAGCUUCAAAACCGGGGACAAGAAAUUCGAAGAUGAGCCUCGCUCUGGUCGACCGACUGCAAUAUCGUUGACGAACUGCAGCAUCCAUAUGAAGGUGUGCGAUAAUUUGCUGCCAGUCUUGGCUGUUCGCUGUCCACCGUGA